GAUGAAUAUAUGGUUUAUUUCUGAUAAUCUGAUCGAAAAGGCGGCUUACCUCGCUUAUAAGACAGGUGUCAUUAGUUUUACAACUCAUUCAUUGUUCAGAACUAACUUUCAACUAAUUUCGUGCAAUAUUCAUCCACUUGUGGUUUAAUGACUUCGUCACAUCUUUAUUCCUGGACGUUAAUUAACCGACAAAGCCAAUAGAUAUACAGGUUUAUCCGAUGGAAAUGUUUAGAUGAGUGUCGUAUUGUACAUAUUAAUCUUCAAAUACUAGAAGUUGUUUAUUAUUAUCGAAAAUCUGGUGAACAUCUUUUGAUACAAAGCCAAACGUUUUACUGUUACUUCCUCCAAUAAGGGAGGGAUAAAGAUUUUUAUCUGGAGAUUAUGUAUUGCUUGAUGAACUGGUUAUACAAAGGAUUCAUCGGGUUCGGGAAAUAAAAGUCAUUAGUCUUCACUCUAGCGUCUUGAUAUGGCUGUAGUGAUUGGAUGACCUGAAAAAUUAUAGGGGAAAAAGUUAUAGGAAGCGUUCUAAAUGAAAAUAGCAUUUUAAGUCAUCACCCGUUUAAGGUAGAAGUUUUGGCUUUCAACCUUCGUUUCAAGUUACUGUGUAGUCAGGUAAACCCCUAUUGGACAAUCUCUUCUACAACAGACCAAUCAUAACAAGCCAUUUUACUUAUAAGUGUGUGAUUGACACAUUCGUGUCGAAGAAAGUAUCUUCCUUACAGUUAGUGCUCGGUGUCUUUGCCUUCUGAUAUUUUCGUGGUUCAAUUAAGUUUUUUUGAAGUUGUCGGCCCAUUGUUUCCUUUGUUUCUCCUCUUUGUUAACUAGGUUUCCUUCACUAUCUUUCAUUGGUUUCGUCUACGCUGAUCUCUUCCCUCGUAGAUAGUAACCUGGUUAUUUCAUAUAGUGUUAUCAGAUCUCUCCUACCUGCAGCCUGUUCUGCUUCACUUGCCUGUGUGUCGUGGAAGUGUCUUUUGUCUUUGCGUGCACUCUUCUUCACUUCUUUGUCCAGUGUAGUGUUCUAUAUGUUGUGUUCAGUUCUUUUUGUUUUUCAUCCUUGCACUGGUUCAUUUUCUGCUUCACCAUCUUCCUCUCCCUGCUCUGUUAGCUUCCAUGUAUCCGUCGAGAUCCAUUCCUUAUCUUCUUUCUUCUUCCUUCCUAUCAAGUUUAUGCAGGUUUCCUCCCAUGUCUCUUUCAAGGAGUUCGAGUGUUCUUCCGCACCGGAUUCUCCAGGGAUGUUGCUGAAUGUCUCCCAUUUUUUCCUGAUAGCUGACGUGAAGAUUUUCUUUGUAGUUUCGUCCUUCAGUUCAAUUUCUGUUCUGAGUGUUGAACUUGAACUGUGGUCUAUCACCAACUUCUUUGAAGGCUUUCAACUUGAUUUGGAAGGUUCCUUGCACUAGAUAGUGGUGUGAACCUACAUCUGGUCCCCCUUGAACUGAUCUUCUUUCCAGUAAGCUGCGUCUCCACUUUGCGCAUUACGAAAAACAUUUCCAACAAACUUCAGACAUAGGUCAUCAAUAGCUGCCGCGUACACUUACUCGAUACUAAAGAUCAGAUUGUGAGAAUAAUAAGUAACAGAGAAGUCACUCUGGCUGACAACGAACCAACAAGGAAGAAAGCUAUCGCCCAAAAAUAUGCUGAAGAUCGAAGAUACACUGAGAAGACUAUUUGUGGAAAUCACGCCUCAGGACAUGCCAGGCCGUCGUGUAGAACCCAAAGGGGGAGUAACUUGUUGUGCGUCCGAGCCAAGGGUAACAUGGAAGAGAUCGUGUGAGGAAGAAAUGAAAGCUUCUGGGUAGUCGUGGAAGAAGAAGACUUCAGAGAAGGGAUGGAAAUGGCUACGUGCUACUGAAGCGAUAACUUUGAUCAUGCGAAUGCUAUCAAAUUUCUAUCAUCAAGCCUUCGAACAAUUCAAGGAUUCAUCCCAUCAAAUUAGUCAAAUUCUUCAAGCAGCACAACGUUCUAGUGAAAAUUAUGAACAAAUCAGUGUUGAAACAAAAACAUUAACUGAAAAACUACUCAAUACACCAUGGGAACAGAUACAAUCAACACAUUCAACAGACACUCGUGAAGGUUAUGUGUUUGUAGCGACUAAAAAAGCUGUUGUGACAGUUUGGACAAAAAAUUUUUGUACAUACAAUCGUAACAGCAAAAUUUUAAAGCUUACACCGUAUACUCAAUACCAAGAUUCAGAUAGUAAUACUGAAACAUUGAACGUGAUCUCGUGUAGACGACGGUCGAAUGAUUCUAUCGAUAGACGGUGGUGUUUUGAUAUAGAGGUGCCAAAAAGAAGUAGCCCAAUAACUUUACAAGCACAAUGUUUAGAUGAUCUUCAUGAAUGGCUUUUAGUAAUGGAUGGAAAAGAACCGAUUUACGAUGAUAGACGUGUAUGUGUUCAAGAACCUGAUACAACUGAUUUAAACGAUAAGAGUUAUGAGUUUUUACGUAAUCUUAUUCAAGCAAUUGAAAAAACUGGUAUUCAAGUUGAAGGGAUAUAUCGAACGUGUGGUGUUAAAUCUAAAGUUUCUGGAUUGAUUAAACAAGCCUUAUCUCCAUCGGGUAUCUCGAAGCAAGCUUUAUUAAAUUAUGAAUUAUGCGUUUUAACUGGUGCACUGAAACAUUUUAUUCGACAGUUGGAAACACCAAUCAUGACAUUUCAACUUCAUGAUUCAUUUAUGUCUGCAAUGAAACGUGAUCAUGCCUAUCGGUUAUCUGAGCUCAGUGCAUUAUUGAAAUUGUUACCAGUGGAGAAUCAACGCAGUUUGGAUUUGCUAAUUGGACAUUUGUCAAGAGUUGCUUCGAAUAGCCAUCUAAACCAUAUGAAUCCAAGUAAUUUGGGGAUUGUUUUUGCACCAUCAUUAUUUCGUUCACGUGAAGAAUCUGUGGCAGCUAUUAUGUCGACUAAAUUUGCUUCAACUGCUGUUGAAUUGAUGAUUAUCAAUUAUUCAAGUCUUUUUCCAAUUCAUUUGUCUAAAAUUCUACCACCAAUUCAUAAUUCAAUGUUGUCAUCAACAUCAUCUCCACUUGAUGAUAUAAUUCAUAAUAAUGGAACAUCCACAGUGAAUACUUGUAGUAGUAGUAGUAGUAGUACUUCUACUACUCUAACACCAAUUAGUAACCAUAUGAUGAAUGGUGAAAAUAAUGUGGAACCUAUUUAUACUACUCCGAUUAUUGGUAACGGUUAUCCUUGUCGUCUAUCUAAUCAAAUAUUGCAUAGGCCUGAAAACAUGUUCACUUCAUUCAGUUAUGACAAAUACUCAUCGCAAACAUCUUUACAGUCGUUCCAGUCAUCGUUGUCAUCAUCCUCCUCCUCAUCAUCAUCCACGUUUACAUCCUCCUUAUCUACGGGGACAAGAACAACAACAGCGACAACUAUGACAAGAUCAUCUUCAAUCAAUAGUUCAUCCAGUCUACCAAUUGCAUUACAAAUUAUCCAUGAUGAGGAAUACAUUGCUAGUCAACAGAACAAACAGAAUUCAGUCAAUGACAAAAGUCUAAUUUCUCAACCAUCACUUUCAAGUACUACAUCUUCUUUUAUGCAUCUUUUUCAUCAUUCAAAUGAUCCACCACCAAAACCUCGUAUGCUUCCACGUUCAAGUCCAAAUCCUUCAGUUCGUUUGGGUGUAUCACAGUCAUUCAAAAAACCGCCUCCCCCGCCGCCACCAUCACUUAUACAGCCUCAGUGUAUGAAUUCAAUACCUUCAAGGAAUAUACCAUUGCAAUCUGUUACUAUGUCACAAAUACCUGUUCAUACUACCAUUGUUUCCUCUAGUAUUACUAAUUCCUCUUUAAAUCGCGAAGAUGUUUUCUCAUCUCACAACCAACCAACAAAUGAAUAUUUUGAUGAACAAGAUGAAACUGAUGAUUCUCUGAGCUUGUUAACUGAAGAUUUAAGUCAUGCCACCGCAUCUUCUACUCCUACUGAUCAUUGAUUUUAUAAUCAUUUCAACAUAGAUGCUGAAAUGGAUUGCAAUUGAGCAAUUCUUCACUCCAUCUUUUAUAUUGAUUGAAAAAUUGUUGUGUACAAAUCUUGUUACUUACUAAUCAUAAUAAGUAGUGUGAAACAGCUGGCUAAAUGUUUGCCAACUGAGCGUUACUAGUCAAAAUGAAUUUUUGUAUACAUGCAAAUUGUGCAAAAGUAUACGCUUUCAUGAUUUACUUUUACCCUCUUUUUUUGUUCAUUCAAGCUUUUUUUUCAUAGUUUUUUUUGUAAAUAUUAAUACUAAUCAUAGUAUUUCAGUUGGGAAGCUAGAGGAAAAUGAGGACAUGUAUAUUUCAUUUCCCUUCAUUUUGUUAUGUAAUAACAAGAUUUUUAUCUGCUUGUUAACAUAUUUUCCUCUUUUUUUCAAUAUUAUCUUACUGAGAGUUUUCUUUUAUUGUGAACAAACACUUUAUCUCAUGACUGUAAUAACUUUUUUUUUGAACCCAAGUUAAUUUAUUCUGCUGCCUUUGAUGAUUUUAAGACUAUUAAUUACUGUAAAUAUACAUUAAAGAGAUGAGUAUGUUUACUUUUAAGGAGUUUUGUAUCAGAAUAGUUUCCUAACUGUAUUAUCAUUAUACAUUUAAGCAUAUACAUGUUUGGAGUUGU